GGUGCCAGGUAUCGAGUGACCAUUUCGUCAAGAACACCAUUCGAAGAAGACGUUAUAACUUACGUAAGAUAUUAUAUGCGCUUUUUCAAAGGUUUUUAAUUCCCAGCAAACAAAGAAAUGGCUUUAUCACGGUCAUUUAUACGUCUAUCAAGCUUUAAUAUUCAUUUUAUUCAACGGCACAUUGGCGCAUUCUCUGUUGCCAGUCAAUCUUUUUCUGGCAUGAGACCGCUAAAUAGGGUGAAUUCCAUGAGUACCAAACCAAAUACCAAUGGGGAUAAUACAGGAAAUUCUAACGAAAAUGAUGGCAAGAUACAGACAAUGUCACAGGCUCAAAGGCUAAGGAAAAUAUUUGCAGAGUAUGGCUCUAUUGCAGUCGUAUUUCACGUUUCAAUAUCGCUUACUUCUCUUGGGAUUUGCUACACAGCCGUAUCGAGUGGUCUUGACGUUCCAGGACUUCUACAAAGUGUAGGCCUCAGCAAAGGCUUAUCAGACUCUGCAUUGACAACUGGUGCCAGCACAUUUGUGAUUGCAUAUGCCUGUCACAAGGUCUUUGUACCUGUGCGCAUGUUCCUAACCAUCACUUGCACUCCGCUGAUUGUGCACAGACUCAGAGCUAUGGGAUUUCUCAAGGCUCCAGUGACGAGGCAGUGAAAUAUAGAUAAAAGCAUAAUGACUGGACCAAGAAAAUUAGAACAUGUGAAUACCCAGGAAUUGCUGAAGGGAAUGCACUGACAUAAGUAUCAUAUAGAACACACAUCCACUAAGAAUCAUGGGGGGGGGAGGGGUGUGGAAUCGCCCCCCUGCCCCUCAUUGUCUGCCGCCCCUGUUUACAAGCAAUUUUUCUAUCUGGCAUUGUGGUCGAACAAUCCUCUGCAGGCUCACAGAAACAACUGGCGAUCGAACCUAGCCUUUUACUAUUGGUCUCUGACACAUGAGCAAGCAGACUAGUCAAGAGAUGUUAUUGCAAAAAGGCGGCUUCACAGCCACUUUUAGACUCCUCAGUAGAUGUGGAAAAUAAUAGCUGCUAGUAACAACAAGAUUCUCUUCUCAAAUCUCAUCUAUAUCUACUGAUAAUGCUGUGUCUAUUUACUAGCUUGAUGAUUAAAUUGGGUUUUUAUUGGUAAAUCAAAAAACAGGUAUGAUUAAGGCUCUUUAUAGGUGAAGGGAUAAAUUUAUUUCUCACUAUUGUAAUAAAUUGCUAUAAAAUUU